GUUAGUUACAGUUAGACACAAUGUGCGGGAGGAGAGGAACACGCCAUUACUGAACUUGAACUGAAACGGAUUUUAUUUUAAUAUUCAUUCAUUUUUCGAAUGAACAGAGGAAACGAUGGAAAGAUUCUUCAUUGCUCUCUCUCUCUUGCUCAUUAAUGUUGUUUCUGCAGCUGGUGAGCAAAUAUCUGUGUCAGUGAAUGUGGGGGAUUCGCUCACUCUACACACUGGAUAUAUAAGAAAACAAGAAGACAAGAUGAGAUGGUAUUUUAAAGACAAGCGUAUAGCUCAAAUCAUUAGAAAUAUCAGUAAGAUCUGCACUGAUGAACAUUGUGAUGAGAGAUUCAGAGACAGACUGCAGAUGAACAAUCAGACUGGAGAUCUGAACAUCACAAACAUCACAACUGAACACACUGGAAAUUAUCUACUACAUGUUAUCAGCUCUGACUUCAGUGAGAAGAACUUCAGUUUUACUGUCCAAACUGGUGUUUCCGGGACUGAUGUAAUUAAGAAGGUGAAGGAGGGAGAGUCUGUCUCUUUAGAUUCUGGUGUAACUGAAAAACUAAAUGAUUGGAUCACAUGGUAUUUUAAUGGUAUUCGCAUAGCUCAGAUCAAUGGGAAUCCCAGUGAGGCCUGUACAGAUGUGCAGUGUGAUACUGUAUAUGAGAGAUUGCGAGAACGAUUGAAGCUGAAUCAUCAGACUGGAUCUCUUACCAUCAUAAACACCAGAAUCACAGACACUGGAGAAUAUCAACGAGAGAUCACCAGCAGCAGCAUCAGUCGUCGUCGCAGCAUCAGCUUCAGCAGCAGAAAGACCUUCAGUGUUACAGUCAUUAAAACUGGGAUGUCCUCCGGUGUUAUAGCUGGUAUUAGUGUUGGUGUUCUGCUACUGGCUCAGCUGCUGUUGCUGGUGUGAUUUACUAUAAACGCAGGAACCGUAGAGAAUAUCCAGAGAAAUACAAACAAGUGACCACACAUGAGAAGACGAUUGAAGUGAAUUCAUCAAACUAACAAACAAUCACCGCAACAUGAUCCUGAUCCAGACCAGAAGACAAGUUUAUUUUCCUCUAUCUGAAAGUUCAUGCAACUAAUAAUCUGAAGUGAAUUACAGCUCUGGAAAAAAUUAAAACGUCACUGCAAAAUAAUCAGUUUAUGUGGAUUUACUAUUUAUAUGUGUGUGUUUGAGUAAAAUGAACAUUUUAGUUUUCUAUAAAGUACUGAAACAUUUCUCCCAAAUGAAUUUAGAAUACUUUAUAAUUUAUAUUUCCAUUGAUCUGAGUAACGAAAACACCUUUAAAAUACCACAGAACUGCUUGAUCUGGGGUUUUCUCAACACCAGUCGUUAGAUUGACCGACUCUCCCACCUUUACUGUUACAGAAACCUCUGGAGACACAAAUAAACACUCUUUAAAGUUUAAUUGCCUUUAGUUUCAGAGAGGGCAACUAUGCUAGAAAAUUAUGUGAAUUAUGCAAAAAGUAAAGGAAAGAGGGUGGAGAAAAUAGUUACAUGUGGAAUGAGAAGUAUACAAUAGCAAUCAGAAAGAAAAGGAAAGCAUUUAAAGUUAUGUGAAAGUCCCUCAUAUUCCUCACAAUUACUUAAAAAGCGAGGAGUAAAUUAUAACCCAUUAUAAGAGAAAGGCAGAGUUUAUACAAAGUGAAACUGCAGUUUUUAAUCGAUGAGAACCGGAAUCAAAACUGUAACAAAUAUUA